AUGGUGUUCAUAAUAGAGGUUUUCCAUACUUUACGUAAUGUCGCGUGUGACUAUAGCUUCAUAAUUCCUGAAUAUGUUGUGAAACACAAAACAGCCCAUGUCUGCCAACAAAAUCUAUUUCUUCAGCCAACCCGACCUCCUACCUUUCCAUCAACUCCACCCUCACGGUUGAUAAUUUCACUUUAUCUCUUCUUCACCCACCUGCCGCGUCGCCGAUUUUCAGGACCGAUGUCUUUCACUGACCUGAGGUUCAGGAUCCUUGAUGUGUCCUACUAUGAUGAAAAGACCCUUUCAGUUUUACUGCAGGAUGAGACCCGAGGCAACCCUGUUUUGGCUCAGUUGCCCAUAGCUGCUGUGGAUACAAAUUGGUUUACUAAUGUUCCUCAUGGAACAAGUAACUUUUUCCUCUCAGAACUUCAAUGUCACAAUGUAGGGGAUCAAAUUGAUCCCCUUGCCUGUCGUUCCUUGGAGAACAUGAAAGCACUUAGUUUUGCUGUCAGUGGAAGUCGGAAAGUUGCAGCUGUGCUCUUUUCCUCAAGACGUCGAUGUCGUGUUUUUUUAAUGGAUGCAGAAGAUGAUGAUGAUGAAGACACAAUGUUUGAAUCAACCUGUAAUGAGACUGGCCCAAACGAGUGUAAAGCCACUGACAAGAGUGACAGUGAAGCGUGGACUUUGGCCCCAGAAGCAGCAGACAACAGCACAGCGGAAGGAGAUUCUUUGGGAGCUGAUGACGAAGAUAAAGAAAAUACAAGUAUUAUGGAAAUGGAAUAA